UUGAUGAAAUUGGCAGAAAACGGGUUUACAGAAUUGCAGUGUUGUCGUCAAAUUUUCAAAUAAAAAACAAUAACAAUACAUUGAUAGCUGGUACAAAUAAAAGUACUUACAAAAUACUAAAAAUCCAGAAACUCAACUUGUUUUUGUAUUUCUGUCACAAUAAUUGAACUAUUAUGAACAUAUCGGAGAGAAAAAAGAUACCAGCAGCUCCAUCGCUGGCAGCCACGGGCAAUCUGUUAUCAAGUGUAGCGCCUCCAUCUGAACUGCCUAACUUUAUAACGAGCAGCAUUGCCCCUGUGGCAGAGCAUCAGACUGAACCGACUGAAAUUGCACAAAAUGUUAGUGAAUUAACUAAAAGCCAAGAUGUGACACCCAUACCAAUGGAUGUAUCUCCACAAACUCCAGAUACAUUUAGUCCUGUAAUACCUCUUGCUAAAGGACAGCCAACACUCUCAGUGAGGUCUCCUGAAGAAUCUGACACAAUACAGUCUCCAGAACCAUCUCAUGACUACACACCAGAUGUGGACAGAAUUGGUGAUAUAAUGCCAGGUAGCGGACUUAUGACCUGGGUAAAGGGUGCCAUGUCUGGUGGAGGACUAUUACAGAAGGUAGCCGAGAAAGCAAAAAGCUCAGUCGAUUCCAUGAUUACUACUUUGGACCCACAAAUGAAGGAAUAUUUGAGGAGUGGUGGAGAUUUUCACGUAGUGGUAGCUUCAGAUAAGGAUGUAAAAGUAUCACCAGUUAGAGAAGCUUUUCAGACUGUCUUUGGAAAAGCUACAGUUGUUGGUGAGGCAGCCCAGAGUGACGUCACAGCAACACAACCCGUGGGAUACGCGUCGGCAUACGCUGCGGCCAAACAGCGGAUAGCGCACAUACGCUCUUCCAGCGCUAGUGUCAAUAACAACGUGCCCGUUGUGGCCAUCGAGAGUUUUCUACAUGAAGCUAUUGCUGACAGAUGGUACGAGGUGUCUUUGAUAGUGCUGACACAGCCGUCGCUGGAUAUAGAGCUGCACGUACAGUCGCAGGGUACGCCGGUCCCCGCGGCAGCCGCACUCGCGGCGCGAGACUCCACGCCGGCGGACUACGAGCACGCGCAGACCGGAUACAGCACGACCAUCGGACGCAUCAUGGCUGACAACCUGCAGGUGGCCCACACAGAAUGGCAGCAGGCGUCAACAGGCGUGUCUCGCAGGGAAGCCUUACUGCUUGCGGCGAGGUCGCUCGCCGGCUCCUACAGGAAUAUACUGGCCAUAUCUGCAGCACAGCCCUGAAUCCUCGAUGGCUUAGCAUUGGAAAUACUUUUUGUGUACUGCCCUCAAAUGAAAUGUGUCUAUCGUAUGAGCUCGAAAAUAUAUAAUUGAAAAAAAAAAUCAAAUUGAGUAUAUAUUGUUUAAAAAAAAUUAUUUACAUGUAUAUAAUAAAUAAGCUAAAAUUAA